AUGGCCUUAAAGGCUCAGAAACUGGCAAACUUCAUAGUAGAAUUCACCGAUCCCGAGCAACAAGAGAUCCAAGAAGAGCUUUGGAUGAUCCAUACGGAUGGCUCGUCCACCCAAAAGGGAGGUGGAGCAGGCGUCGUCAUCAUUUCCCCUAAGGAAGAUGUUUUGAAGUAUGGUAUCCAGCUCAAAUUCCCUGUAACCAAUAACGAAGUAGAGUACGAGGCUAUAUUGAUGGGGCUAAGAAUAGCUAGGGCACUUGGAGCUAAAAACAUUUCACUGAGGAGCGAUUCACAGCUUGUCGUAGGGCAGGUCAGAGAAGAUUUUGAAGCAAAGGAGACAAGAAUGCAAAAAUACCUCAAGUUAACGAACCAGUUGGUAAGCAAAUUUGAUCGUGCAGAGUUUGUUCAAAUCCCACAAAGUCAGAAUGUCGAAGCUGAUGAAGUAGCACGGAGUGCAUCCGCAGACGAUCAAUCAAGGGUAAAUGACUGGAGGCUGGAAGAACAAAACUCCCCUAGCAUCGAAGAAUUUCAAACCUUCCCUGUGCACACUCGCUCAAGAUGGACGAGUCCUAUUCUGUCUUACCUUAAAGAUGGACGGUUACCACCGAAUCCCGAAGAAGCCAAGAAGAUCAAGAAGCGAGCUGUCAAGUUCACGAUACUCAAUGACGAGCUCUACAAAAGAGGCUUUUCCCAGCCUUACUUGAGGUGCGUAGAAGAGGAGGAAGCUAAAUAUAUUCUGGAAGAAGUGCACGAGGGAAUUUGUGGCGACCACAUGGGAGCAAAAUCCCUCGUCCAGAAGAUCAUGAGGGCAGGUUAUUUCUGGCCCACAAUGCAGCAAGACGUAAUGGAUUUCGUCAAAAGAUGUGACCGUUGCUAUAGGUUCGGGAUACCAAGGACGAUCAUUUUAGACAAUGGUCGCCAAUUCGACAGCCACAGAUUCAGGUCGUUUUGUGCAAACCUAGGCAUCAAGAACAAGUAUUCGUCCCCAGGACAUUCUCUAGCCAAUGGACAGACGGAAGUAACAAACCAAACCUUGCUAAAGAUCAUCAAGACUUGGUUAGUGGGGGCAAAGGAAGCAUGGCCCGAGAAGUUACCAAGCGUCCUAUGGGCCUACAGGACUACAACUCGAAUGCCAAUAGGAAAGACGCCCUUCAAUCUAACUUACGGAACAGAAGCAGUCACCCUGGUUGAAGUAGGACUCACCAACCUCAGAAUGAAGUUCUUCGACGAACAAAGUAACGACAAUCAAUUAAAACUGAACUUGGAUUGUUUGGACGAAGCCAGAGACCGAGCCUCCCAAAGAAUGACCAAGUACCAACUGAAGAUGGCCGAAUACUACAAUCAAAGGGUAAAGCUGAAAAGGUUCAACAUUGGAGGUCACGUCUUUCGAAAAGUGACAACUACAACAAAAGACCUGACACAAGGCAAGCUAAGGCCAACCUAG